CUAUAUAUAUCGCCUCGCCCCUCUCUGCUCGCACAUGACUUCUCCCUCCUUGCCUCCUCCUCCUCCUCCUCUUCUUCUUCCCACCCACACAGACACAGGCAACACAAGAGCGGCGAGGGAGGAGAAGGAAGAGGAGCGGGAGAUGGCGGGCUGCGGUGAAGCCAAGACAUCAUCGGUUUCCAUGGAUGAAGAGGCAUGCGGCUUGGAGAAGAAGAAGUUUGGCGGGAUGGCGCCCAAGAAGCCUCUCAUAUCAAAGGUAACAGCGCUAGCUAGUAAAUAUAGGCACUGUCAAGCAUGGAAUAUCUAUGGGUCUCUAGAAGAAGACGUUUCCUUGAUUUGGUCUGGUUGCAUGCUAAUGCUAACAAUGCAGGACCAUGAGCGUGCCUACUUCGACUCCGCAGAUUGGGUCCUUGGCAAGCAAGCUGCAAACAGCAGCUCAACGGCUGCAGUCGAAUCGCUCAAGCCCAAGCUCAAGAGAACUCCUCAUCCCCAGCUUCCCCCUCGCAAGCCCACCUGUGCGUCUGGCUGAGACAUGAGGGGUCACAAUGCAGCAGCAACCAGCAGGUGAAGAGCUCGUAGGGAGGAUGAGCUCGGAUUAAUGUUGUUUAGCUGCUCCUGAAUUCGUACUGUAGGAAACAACUUUGCAUGCGAAUUGGCUUGGCACUUGCUGCCUCUAUGUCUGUCACAAGUCAUUAACCGUCGCUAUCAUGGUUAUUGAGUCGGAUGGCAUUUGCUGUUUCAGCAACCCUGCUACUAUAUUCGCCCUAAAAUAACAAGCUCCAUACAAAUAAAAACCUAAGAACUGGUCAAAUUUUACUCUUUUCAGGAUUAAACUGAGAAACUAGUAUGCGUUAUACUAGUAGUUAUGUCUA